AUGGGGACGGGCUUGGCCAGGACCAUAGACCUCGAAGUCUACCUCAACUACGACGACGAGGGAGGGGCGCCCGUGUCGGGGGACUCGACGGAGAUGCACUGCGCUCAAGACGCGGCUUGCGUGGAGGCGACGGAGUGCGGCGAGGGCUCGGCGGAAGUUAAGGUGCUGACCUUCGACAGCUACGGCGACGGUUGGUCUGACCCCUUCGGAGAGGCCACGGAGUUCUGGACGCUCACCGGCGCCACGGGGAGCUGGUCCGGCAACCUCAUGAAGGGCCAUGCGGCGGCGCGGUCGACGCUCUGCCUUGCCGACGGAGACUAUGACUUCUCGGCGCCGGGGGCCGUCUCGUGGCAUGUGCGAAGACUCGUGCGCCGACUAUUCGGCAUCGGAGGGGACGAGUAUCCUGACAUCACCGUGGUGGCCCUGGGGAGCGCGAUGGCAACAGCGGCGUGCGUCAUGACCUGCUGCUGUAGGAUGAAGAAGGCGAACCGUCGGCCCGGGACGGGGGGCAAAGGGUCGACCAAGUCUCUCGCCACCGAACCGUCUCGCAGCCCUGACUCGCGGUAUGACACGGGACAAGGGUUGAUCACGGGGGAGGUGGUGUCAGAGGUGUCCGCGCCCAUGCCGAAGAGAUCGAGAGGAGCGGAGGGGGCGGCGCUUAUCGCUGCGGCGGGAAAGUCCAAGAAGUUCUUGGACCCACGAGAUUACAUCCCGGAUCCCGAUUUCGACGUGUUCGAGUCGAUGUCAUCGUCAUCCAUGGGCGACGAGAGCAUAUCGGGCAUGUUGCAGGAAUCGAAUCCCAUGUUCAGAGGACGAGCUCGGCGGGGAUCGGCAACAGGUACACAACUCGGUGCCCCCCCGCUUGAAGGUGACGAGGAUGUGGAGCUAGGGUUGAACGGCGUGCCGGAGGAAGGACAGCAGGAAGCGGAGGGAGGGGAGGAAGAGCGACCGUUCCGAGCCACCGAACAAUCGAACCCGCUCUUCAACGCUGACCGGGCCUCGGGGCCACUAGAGAAGCCUACCCGCGGCGACAAGGCGGGGGGGGAGGGCCAGGGGAGGGUGGAGGUGGAGGUAGUCAGCCGCGCCAUACCUCAGAGGUUCCGCUCCGCGACAAGGGGGAUCCGUCUUCACGACAGAGACGUUCGCUCCCAGCAGGAAGAGGCGCCGGCGGCGGGCCGGCGCACCGACGACGACAGGGCAGCAAGGGAACGGCAAGAUUCGGGACACCGAAGGCGUGGGAGCCGGCGUGGCAGCAGCGGCGACGGCCGCGCCACCCGCAAGAGGAGCAAGAGCAGGGGCCGGGGCGACUCCGAGACGCCGUCGCGCCGGAGGGCCCCGAUCCAGCGGGUGCGGUCGUUCGGGAGCGACUCGAGCUUCAAGAGCAUGGCCAAGAACCUGGCGGAGAGCACGUCGUUCCGACACAGCCGGGAGCGGUACCAGGUGGCUCCGAAGAACCGGCCCUCCCGCUCCGGUGGCGACACGCAUGAAAGAAAGAGCAGGAAAAGAUCAUCAACGUCCAGAGCCGACCAAGGCAGAGGAGCAACGACCAGCAGCAGCGGCGCGCCAAGGCCACGGCGGGGGGAGUCGUCCACCGCGCCUCGCGGCGAACGGCGAGACCGGGACAAGAGUCGCGGCCGGGGGGUAGACGGCACCGCCGCCGCCUUCGCGUCAGAACCGAGCCGCAGCAGCCGCCGGGGCACCGCGAGUCGAGGGGGGGGUGGCGCAGGGGGCCCCGCCAAGUCGAGACGGGCGGAGGACGGGGAGAGGUCGUACUCCCCCGGAUCGAACUUCAGCGACGGUUCCAUCGUGGUCCCGACAGUGCGGGCCUGCGCCAGCGUGGGGCGGCCGUCCGCCCGCCUGAGCGACAUGCUCGCGGGGAACGUGGUGAGCAACUCCUCCAUGCGCCGAGGCUCCUCGGGCAACCGGCAGGCCGACGUCCAGGUGCUGGACCUGCGCCGCCACAGCACCGGCGGCCGCCGCAGCCGAGAGCCCGUCGGGGCCCGGGCCGGGAGCAGCGGCGGGGGGGUUGGUGGCGGCGGCGGCGGCGCAGCCACCAUGACGACGGCGAACGACGACGCCGAGGCACCCGGGGGCGGCCGUGAUGAGCGGCGGCGGUCUCGCGAUAGCGGCGGCGGCGGCGGAAGCCGUUCUUCCGGCAGGAGCAGCGGAGGAGGAGUCCGGGCCGAAGAUUACGGGGCGCCGCGAAGCAAGGCCAAGGGGAACCGGGAGAGGAGCGGCAGCGCCGACAGCAGCGGCGGCGGUGGCGACCGAGGGUCGACCGGGAAGGGCCGGCGGCAGCAAGAAGACGGGGCCACUACGAACCCCGGCACCGCCGGAAGCCCCAGAGAAAAGGCCCACCCGUUUGUCGUCGGCAUGGGGGGUCCCCCGGGGGGCAGCGAUGACGAUGGGAAGGGCGGCAAUAACGGGGGGUCGCUGUCUUUCAGCAACAACGGGGACGAUAGCGACCUUGGCGACGGCGGCGGCGGCGGUGGCCGCCUGACAAGAGGCAGGACCAAGUACCGACAGAGCAGGAGCAGCCGCGCGCGAGAGCGCGCCUACCAGGAGACUCGCUCGCGUUCCCGCGGCUCGUCCAUAUCGAUGACGUCCCUCCAGCGCGUGGUGGAGGUCUCGGAGGAGAGCCUCUCUUCAGUGUCGCCGGACCAGAUGAACCCCGCUCUCGCCGGGCGAUACAGCAGAAUCGCCUCGAGGGCGGCGGCGGGUGCAGGCCGCCGCCGGCACGACGACGGGUCCCACGACGACGAAGACGAAGAAGACACCGACCGGAGAAUGUUCCCCCCUCCCUCGGCGGCAGGCAGCGACGUCGAUUUCCACAGCAUGAUGGACGGCACGGUAGCCUCUGGCGAGUCCUCGUUCCGACCCGACUCCUGUUCCAGGUCGGUGCCGCCGUCUAGCGCGCUCCGUUUCCACGUGUCCGAGAUCAAGAUGCCCGGGAACGCCGCAGCGGUGGCGGCGGACAAGCGGCGGCGAAGAGAGUCCUCCGACUCGGACUCCUACUCCAGCCACGGAGCGAGCGUCAGGCAUACGGCCGAGUCGCCGGCCCCGCGGGCGUACGGCUCCCGCCGAGCCAGGCCCGACAACACACGCAGCGACGACGGCAGCAGCAGCAAGAAACACGCCUCGUCGUCGUCGAGAGCAGCGGCGGCGGCAGCGCUAGAGCGGACGACGACGAUGUCGUCGGCCGGGAGGAGCUCGAGGAGGGGCGCGGGGGGCGGCGCGGGGUGGAGGCAGCAGGCCAGGCUCCGCAGGGCGAUGGUCCUCGCCGUCCAGCAGAAGGCGCAGGAGGACGAGCAAAAGGGCGGCAGCGGUGACCCUCUAGGAACGAGGCGAAGCACCGGCUCGCAGUACCUGGACGGCGGCCGGGGGCGCGGAGGCGAGAAGACCCGCGGGAGAUUGGCAAGCGAGGACCAGGACGAGGCCGCCGGGGGGCACGUGCUACGGCGCGGCGGCGAGAACCGCGACCUGCCGCCCGUCCCCACGGGAGCGUUGAGAGACGCGCCCGGCCGCUCCGCCCGCGGCCACGUCCUGGUGACCAAGCGGGCUGCUCCGGGCGAGAAGCACGAGCACCAGGAGGAUGAGCGGGCCAGCGGCGGUGGCGGGAGCCAUCGCACGAACUUUAGCGCGUUUUCGUCGCUGGACAGCACCGCCACCAGCGUCGCAGACGACGACGACGACGACGUGGCCAGGAGCCCGUUCCAGUCACGCGGGGAAUCGUCAAGCGAGGCGCCGCCGCCGCCGCCGCCCCCCGAGGCGACCGCCCCCCGCGGCCGGCCGCGUUCGGAGUCCAAGGCGAAGCUCGAGCUGCGGCGGGAGCGAGAGCAAGAGACCGGGGGUCAGGCGACCGGACACAGCAGCAGCCGCAACGCCUGGUCGUCAAACAGCAGCACUAGCGAGACGAGACGGCACAGCGGCAGCGGCAACCGCCGCCGCCACCGCCGGCGCAGCAUCAGCAGCAGCAGGGGUUCGGGGGGCGAGGGAGCAAGCGACGCUAGUUCCGAGCGUCAGCACCGCCGGGACCGCAAAGGGAAACCCCGCAGUCCUUACUCUCUUGACGGACGCAGAAGGUAA